UUAGCAUCUCUUCCAGCCCCCCUGCACCCCUCUGCUGCCCCUCAGGCUUGGGACCACUAGGAUUGCCUUUUUAGGAGACACCUGAUCAUAGCUUGAACUCCCUGCCGCCCCCCAACACAAAGAAGCGCCGGCUGAUAAUGCUUUUCCAUUGAUGUCUGAGUCUGGCCGCCUUCACCCUGGAGUGUCUGCGAGAACCUUCAGGUGGAUGACAGGCUGGUAGGAUGGAGAACGUGGAGCUUUGAGGGAAACUUUUCAUUUUUUUCCUGCUGUUUCUUUGUGAAUGCGAGGGAUACAAAAGCCUUUAAGGGUUUCACCACGUAUUUAACCAAGACAGACAAUCUGUUUUCAAUUUAGGAGAUCACCUUUUUUUAUUCUCCUGAAAAGAAGAUAAAAUCUAGACAGAUGGAGAAGUUUAAGGCAGCUAUGAUUCUGGGUGCUGCUGGUGAUGCGUUGGGCUACAGGAAGGGACUCUGGGGAAGCUGCACAUCAGGGAAGAAGAUCCAAGAGGAAGUGAGUGCUAUGGGGGGACUGGAGGCCCUUAAACUGGAUCCAGAGAAUUGGCCGCUGAGUGAUGCGGUGCUCAUGCUCAUGACCACAGCCCAAGCUCUCAUAACAGAUUAUUGGUGCCUAGAGGAUCUGUACAGAGAGCUGGUGCGUCUUUAUGUGGAAGCCAUGGUAUCUCUUCAAGGCAAAGCUCCCGACUCUACCACAGUGGAAGCUUGCUCUCACCUCAAACCUCACAACUUCCUGCUCGCCUGGCAUACACCGUUCAAUGAAAAAGGGUCUGGAUUCGGGGCAGCAGCCAAAGCCAUGUGUGUGGGUAUGCGAUACUGGCAGCCCGAGCGACUGGAAAACCUGGUGGAGGUCAGCAUUGAAACUGGCAGAAUGACCCACAACCACCCAACAGGCUUUCUUGGCUCCCUGACAACAGCCUUGUUUGCAUCGUACGCAAUCCAGGGAAAGCCUGUGGUGAGAUGGGGCCGCGAGCUCAUGAAGGUAAUCCCCCGUGCUGAGGAGUACUGCAGGAAGACCAUACGGCACGUGUCAGAGUAUCAGGAGAACUGGUUCUAUUUUGUGGCAAAGUGGCAGUUUUACCUUGAAGAACGUGAAAUAGACAAGGAGGGAGGGAACCAACCAUCAUUCCCUGAUCACUAUGACCCUGAAGAGGCAGAUAAAAUGUAUAAACGCUGGAGCUCCGAGGGCCGUGCUGGCCGCAGAGGUCACGAUGCUCCCAUGAUAGCUUACGACGCCCUUCUGGCAGCAGGGAGUGACUGGGCUGAGCUCUGUAGACGAGCUAUGUUUCAUGGAGGUGAAAGUGAAGCCACAGGCCUGAUUGCAGGCUGUCUCUAUGGUCUCAUGUACGGCUUGAGCCAGAUUCCCCAAGGCCUGUACAAGGAUUUGGACAAAAGAGAACAGCUGGAGGAGCUGGGAGAGGCUUUGUACAAGGCAGCCUCUGCAGAGAAGUGCAUUGACAAACCAGAUUCUUGGAAAAGCAGUUUCAGCCCUGGAUCCAGUGUGCUGAGGAGGUUGGUUAGAGACCGCAAAUGCCCUUCAGCGCUGCGAGAGGUUCUCCAGAGUCUGCUGCAAUACCUGAUUCAAGAUCUGCCAAAGAGGAGGAGCAGAAACCCGGAGUACACAGCAGCUACAGCUGAGACAGACCCCAGAAUCACAGAUUGCUCUGAAAGUAAGACGUCAGUGAAAACGAUUACAUAUCAGGCAAGUCACAAAGUGGGAAAUGCUGAUGAGGCUGUUUCGAAUGCCACUGAAAAGUGCUGGAUGGAUCCAAAAGAUAAAAAGCCACAAGAAGAGCAUGGAGCAGAUGACGUCAGAUGUCAGUGCCUCACCACAUUCCAGCUGCUCCAAGCCAAAUUUUCCAGGUCCUCCCCCAAACCCUACAUCAGUCAGCAGAGGGAGGUAGGAACUCUCUGUUUGAGCAGAGGAACACCUGGGCAUAAAAACCACAGUCAAAACAGAGGACACAACAUACUCACAAAGGACAAAUGCAAAAAGGAACAAGGAUUUAAGAGACAAUGCACUGUGAAAAAUAUUCUUGCUAAAUUUGCAAUGGCUGAACAGAAAGAGCAGGAGUUAAAACAUUUGAAGAAGCAAUCGAUUAAACCCAAACUUGUUGGAAGACAGAUCACAUAUUCUUUAAUGGAGAAGUUUGAGACUACAGCCACUGUAUGUACAAGAACUGACUUUGACGUUACUAAGGGGAGCCGGAGUGAAGUUCUACAAAGUAAAAAUGAAAAGAGGACCUUUUUGGGUCGAGAAGAACAAACGGAAGAUCAAACCGCCCAUUGGAAAUCUACGCCAGAGCAAUCGGAGAUUAAAUUAGGUCAGCAGAAUUUUAAAAGAAAAGGAAAAGAACAAAGAUCUGAGCAACAAGAAGAGGUUUUAAACUCAGAAUCCGACGUCAAGUCUCCUUUGAAUCCUGUGGAAGAACAGCUUCACACCUCAGGGCAAAGUUUGAAGUGUCAGACAUGCCACGUCAAAGUUGAGGGUCAGACGUCAGCAAAAGUCCAUGAAGUUCCGACUCUGGUAGUUUCAAACUCAACAAGUGUGAAAUACGGAUGUCAAGAGUUCAUCCCUUUAUCUUCUGUGACAGAGUGUCCUUUCCCACAGCCUCACAGGCUGCAUCUACAGGAAGAGCUUAUGCAGAACUGGCAUGCAGCCACCAUCAUGGCCUGUUGUCCCGUGUGGACCAGGUGUGUGGACUGCUCUCCUGUCCAAUUGCUGAAGGAGACUCAAUAUGAAGCUUCUCUAUGCUCCAGUUUUGAAAAGAGAGCAGGAAAAAUCCCUGGCGAUUUGUGUGGAGAGCUCUCUUCUGAUGAGAUAGAGAAAAGCAAAUUCCCCACAACGGCAGACUUAAAAGUUCUACCAAAGUGUUCCACCCAUACCUCUGGUGGAGCCAGGACCAAUGGAAGCUCAAACCUUUCUGGAACUGUUAUCAGUCAGAGGGGCAUGCCCAUGUAUGUCAUCCCACGUACCUUCAGAUUUGACGAUCACUUUGAUUCCUGCUCUCAAUCCUCUCCACAACAAGAAACUGUAAAUUCUCUGAGGGACAAUCCACCAUCACAACUUGACUUUUAUGUUUUUUCUCAUAGUAAUACCAUAGAAACGCCUAAAAGCUUCAAAGACACUGACCCAUGCCGUCCUCAACAUGUUCCCCAAUAUGAGAUGGAGAAGAAACCAGCAGAUGCUCAAAUAGAUGAUACGGAAGAUGCAGAAAACAAGAAAAAAGAAUUAAAUCUCAUGCCUGGGAAUGAUACAAGACUGCCACAAAGAUCGUUUUUUCCAGAAGAGAAUAGGGCCGCAGCUGAAGGAUGGGAGCUCUCUGCAGUAGCUUUUUCCAUUCCUAAACCCGACCAAAACAAAAGGAAAGAAAAACCAAAGUACACGACAAUUUGUUACGCUGAUUCUUCUAUCAAGCAGACACAUAAACCCAAAAUCAUAAGAUUUACAGACACCUUUAAUUUCUAGGGCAGGCCCAUGUCAGUUUUCCAAUGACAGAGGAGAAAAGGUUUAAGCUCAAAUUUAAACUGAUUUAAACUAAAUUCAAUAUUAAAGCAAAACCAAACAAUUAAACCAGGACUUUUGUUGUUUUUAACUAUAAGACUGUCUAGAAUUUGUCCUCAAAUUUAUUCACCAAAAUGAAUUUCAAAACUGGUCUUCCUAGGCCAAAAGGAAUACAAAGUCAUGUUUUGUUUUUGGCCACAUAAAGCAAAAAUGAUUUUACUGUGAUGUAACAGUUCUGCAGAUAAAAACAUUUGGCACGCACGUCCUUUUCCUGUUGAAGGUUUCCUGAAGUAAACUGGAGAUAAGUUUAUCUUUCAGUCAUAAUUGACAGACAGAGAGGACAACUGUGAGAGACUACAAGAAAAGUCUGAUGAUUCUCACAAUUAAGAUCAGAGAAAACAACAUUAGGUUAUCAUUAACUUUUAUAUAUUAACUAGCAUGUGAUAUGGUGACUAACCACAGUUAUUUUAGCUAUUUCGACCAAUCACAACCUUAACAUUUUUACACUCAUAUUUUUCACGUACAGUAUUAUGAUGAAGAUGGACAGCAGCAGUUUUGGGAGCUUUGAAUGUUUUGACAACUGUUAAUUCAAGAAAACGGUUUUGUUUAAUGUGUUAAUAAAAAGGGUGUUUUUCUCUCUUC